UUUUAAACAAAACUCCCAUUACUCUCUGUUUUGCCUCUGUAGUCGCCAGCUGACCCUUUUAAAGCAUGCACACUAAACGACUCAGAAUAAGAAAUGAGGAAGUUGAAGCAGGCGGCAGUGUGCGGACUGUUUCAGAAGCCUGUAUGAUUUCGCGAUCAAAAUUGGAAUGCAGAAAUGGUUUCUCUGUCUCUUGCUUCUGGCGAUAAAGCGCCUCUUCAACAUUAACUCCUCCUGAACAAAAAAUGAUGAAACAGAUAAAAGCAAAUGCUAUGGACUCCGAUAUCCACUACGUUUCAUUUCAUUGACGUGUUUAAGGCAUUAAUCCAGGCAUGGGCUCUGUUGACGAUAAAUUGAUCGUACUUUGUUAUGGCCAUUUGAUAUCAUCUGAAUUGCAUAAAGAAUGAAGUGGCCUCUUUUCAUGAAUACAGAAGACAAAAGGAUCAAAUUGAGGCAUUGAUGUUUAUCUCCUUACACCUAUUUCCACAGUAUGGAAGAAGACCAGAAUCUGAGGCGUAAUUCCGGGUCAAUGUUACUAAAAUGUGGUGGCCGGGAAUCUCAAAGUAUUGGGCACAUCCAAGAACUUUUCCACGAAGCUGCGCAGGUAUCACAGCCCCACGUAAAACCCUGGUGGAAAGUUAAGAUAUUUGUCUGGGAACCAGUGCUAUUUGGAACGUGGGAUGGAGUAUUCACAACUUGCAUGAUAAAUAUUUUUGGAGUAGUUCUUUUCCUGCGGACAGGGUGGCUUGUGGGAAAUACUGGCGUCCUGCUGGGAAUGUUUAUGGUGACCCUGGUUAUCUUGGUUGCUUUGGUGACAGUUCUGUCUGGAAUUGGAGUGUUGGAGAGGUGCAGUCUUGGAAAUGGUGGAAUAUACUCCAUGCUUUCUACAGUUCUGGGAGGUCGAGUAGGAGGAACGUUUGGAUUUCUCUAUGUAUUUGGACAGUGUGUUGCAGGUGCCAUGUAUAUUACUGGCUUUGCUGAAUCCAUUGCUGACUUGUUGAACCUCAGUAACAUCUGGGCAGUUCGAGGAAUUUCCAUUGCUGUACUAAUAGGAUUACUAGGAAUUAAUCUAGCAGGAGUCAAAUGGAUCAUUCGGUUUCAGCUGCUACUUUUAGCCUUGCUGGCUAUCUCGACGAUGGAUUUUGUGGUUGGGACUUUCACACAUCUGGACCCCGAUUUUGGAUUUGUGGGAUACACUGAAGAAGUACUUGCGAAUAAUACAUUCCCAAACUACAGCCCGGAGGAGAGUUUUUUUACAGUUUUUGGUGUAUUCUUUCCUACUGCUACUGGUGUUAUGGCAGGAUUCAAUAUGAGUGGAGAUCUUCAGAGACCUGCAUCCAACAUCCCUGUUGGGUCACUAGCAGCUGUGGGCAUCUCAUGGUUCCUGUAUUUAGUAUUUGUUUUUCUGCUGGGAGCUGUUUGUACAAGGGAGGCUCUCAGAUAUGAUUUCAUGAUAGCUGAAAAGGUUGCCUUGGUGGGGUUCCUCUGGUUAUUAGGGCUGUACAUUUCCUCUUUAGCUUCCUGCAUGGGAGGCCUUUAUGGUGCACCCAGAGUUCUUCAGUGCAUUGCACAAGAAAGAGUGAUACCUGCCCUUGGGUUUAUGGGAAAGGUGAAGGGGCCAAACAAAACCCCAGUGGCAGCGAUAUGUCUUGUAGGACUUGUGACAAUGGCAUUUAUCUUCAUUGGACAAGUGAAUGUUCUUGCCCCAAUAGUCAGCAUAAAUUUUAUGUUGACUUACAGUGUUGUAGAUUACUCUUACUUCUCAGUUUGUAUGAGCUAUGACAUUCAGCAGAAUGAAAAAAACAAGAAUAAAGUGCAUGCUAAAACUUAUAAAUCUUCUCAAACGUUGAAUUUGGAUGGUCCACUUAAAUAUGGUACUGAUGGCCCAAUAAAAGGCAGUACGAAUGGCUCCUUGCUUGAGUUCACCAAGGACAUGAACCAAAUCCUUCAAACAAAGUCUCAUGGCAGGGAAGAAGAGAUGAGAAAAUAUAAGGAAAAGGAAAGAAGUUUGAAUCAAUCGGUCUGGUUGAAAAAUGUGAAAAAACCUGCAAAGCAGACACUGCAGGACAGCUUUAUGUUGGAUUUUGACAAUUCAUUCGCAACAGUUAAAGAGGACAACAGUCAAAUCUCCAGGACUGAGCUCGCAGGUGACCUGUCUGAAUUAGAUUUAGGAGAUCAUCAGCAUCUUGAAAAUCCUACUGUAACUCAAAGUGUGGAAGGCGGUCAUCACCUUGACAAUACAACAUUCGAAUCUACAGUGGGACAAAAUAUUUCUGACACAGACGAUUCAAUGGCAUCUUGCGGAUAUGGUUCCAUUGAAAGGCAAAAGUCUCAGGAAGCAGAAAUUUAUACAAUGCCAAGGUCAUUUUAUUCCAGAUUCUGCAACUGCUGGGUUUCAUUCACUGGUGCAAUAGUAUCUGUUCUAAUCAUGUUUGUGAUUCAUUGGAUUUAUGCCUUAAUUAAUAUUGCUGUGGCAUUAUUCAUCUACUUUUACAUUGGACAAAUGAGUCCAGGGCUCCCUCUUGGACUAGCUAAUAACUUCAAUUUUUUACGAUGGAUUCAGACAAUCUUCCGGGAAUUUAGAAGGAAAGGUUCAUCACAUGAAAAACAGAUUAUCGUGACACCCUCAUUUACAGGAGUUGGCAUGGCAACAACUCAAUUAACUGAGGAAAAUGCUGACUUUGCCUCUCGAGACCGUUACCAUCAUUUCUCAGUUAUUAGUGGAGAAGAUCUUAAUCGUCAUUUAAGCUAAAUGAAAGCUUUGUACCAAUUUGGUUCUUUUUUUGACCAGGAAGUUCGCACAAAUUAAAAAAUACGAAAGUAGAUUUUAAAUAUAAUUAAAAUUAUAUUACCUGCAAAAUUAUUACACAAGAAAGCGGCUGUUGUAUUUAUAAAUCUUUGAAAAGUGUGAAUGUUUUGAUGUUCAUUCUUAAAUGUAUACACUACUGUGAUUUAAUUAAGAUUUUUGACAAGACAUUGCAAUGACUUGAAUAGAUCGAUAAACAAUGAGAUAUUUUUAUAGAGUUUCUGCCUCUGCGCUAUAAGUGAAAGCUGAUACACUGCUAAAGUGGACACUUUAAUUUGGGGAAUUUUUGCCAGGAUUGCUGGGCAUUCCUGAUUCUUUGGGUUAAAAUUUGAUACCUGCUUAGGACUGAGUGGAAGAUCCUAAUUCUUGAAUACAAAUAAAUCUUGGGUAGGGGUUUAUCAGCAUGUAUUUAAGGCAGAUCAGGUGCUGGGAACCUUUUUUAAACAAAUUCCACCUUUGCCUCUAGGCUACCUAUCUUCUUUCCCAACUAGGUAGGGAAUAUUCUUCCAAUUGGGUGUGAAAAUUUCUGGUGUUACAAAAUUAAAAGGACAUGUUCAAAGAGGUUCAUUACAUUUGCAACUGGAGACGAGCUGAAGUUGGAAAUGUCAUUGUUUUCCUUCAGUAGUAAUCUGUAAUGUGCUCCUUUCAGACAAUUCCCUUACAUUAUUAAAUAUUGAAAAAAAUAUUGUUAUUGGGAAGAAUAUAAGGGAUUGAAGGGUAUUAACACAAUAAGAUUAGACCAAUGUUUUCAACAGCCUGCAAAAGAAUUAAAUAAUGUUAAAUAAUAAAAACUAUCUGAUAUAAAGUGUUUACAUCCACAAAUUGAAUUACAUCUCCAAAUGAUAAUGAUAAAGAUUCAUAUUAUAGUUCAAAAAAUGAUUUGACUUUGUUGCCAACACGAAAGAAAGUCCAUGUAGAAUGACUGGAACUUUGCAUCAUUUUCAAGUACAGCAUCACCAUAACUAUAUUGAAAUUGUAUGGAAAAUAAA